AUGGAAAACCGUUUACUCAGGCUCAGGCUGCAGUGCGAGGCAACCCUGGACGACGUGACUCGCCUCAAGCUACGCAAGGACCAGUCCGAAGCAUGCAGGAAGCUUCGCAAGUACAUCACUUGCAUCGACAUGGCCCUCACAUCGACGAGGUGCCGCCAGGAUCGCUACGUGUUCGGCCGCGAAGUGGAGCGUCGGAAGCGCCAGGUCGACACUUACAACUGGGAUUGCAACCUACAGAUGCAGAACUACGACUACAUCGUAUGCGACAGCCAAACGUUACUGAAGAGACACCUCGCCUGCGGCACUGCCUUCGAUCGUGCGAUUGUCCAACUAGAUUUUCAACUUGACCAAGACAAAGAGCAGCUGUGCAGUUCCCUGACAGACUACAAGCACUGCGUCACCCCGCUUAUCAAGAACGACGCUUGCUCCACGAACAAGAACCUCAUAUCCAGGCUCCUCCACUUCUCGAGGGCAGUGGUUGGCGAGUACCAGACGUCGUGCAAGGUCAUCGCCAUGAAACACAUGAUGGAAGCUGAAGAAGUUGAAGACACGGCGUGUCUUCCGGAAGAACUGCGAGAAAGAGUCCUCACCUGCCAGCAGAGCGCCUACCGCACGAUUCGGGCUCGAGACAUUCACAGCGAAACCGACAUAUGCGCGGAGUUGGACCUCAUGAAAGAGUGCAUCGAGAACGCUUUGAAGGAGAGCAGCUGUUCAAGAGACGGCGCUUCCAAGCAGGUUGCCGACGAUACCAUGACAGAAUCCUACGCCAGAUAUAACGUUAAGUGUCGCCAAUACUGA